AUGACAAUAAGCCCUGAAUUUGGCAACGUUGGACCAUUCUCGAGCAUCCGAGACCUUCCAGUCGGCUCUGCCGUCCCUUGCACAAUGCGCUCAGAAUGUGGAUGUCAGACGAAAGUGACGAUUGAGCCGGGCUGGUACGCUUCGGCACUCAAGCGUGACGUGUGUGCAAUUGUGUCUGAUCGCCGUGUCUACAAAGGCCUGGGGCCGUCCGGAUUGGACAAGGCGACUGGGCAACCCCAUUCGUCACAAGACCCGACUGAGGAUGGAGGUUUACGUGUGAUUAGUUCGCACAAUCGUCCACUUGGCAACACACGCGGACCACUCACUUACACCUCGAAACAUCUACACACUCAUUCCAUCCCCAAAACUGCUGCGCAUUUACAUACCCACAAAUUCACAUGCAUACACCUUGAAUCCUACUCAAUUGUACCCCAAAAGCUCACACGCAUCGACGCAUACACCAUUUGUAACCUAGACACCAAAACGGCUGCACACCCACUUACCCCCAAAUUCACACGUAUACACACGUACACACUCAGGCACCUUCACGCCUACUCAUUCAACACAAAACUUCAUAAACCCAAUUAUCUACAGGUUCACACGCAUAGACGCGUAAAUACCUACUCCCUUUCUUAUUUAGAUCCUGAAGUUGUUUUAUACUCUCCUCCAAGUACAUACAUAUACACAUGCACACACACGGAUACCAAAACUUCACAACAUCACUUGCCUUCAGGCUCACACGCCUAA